AUGUAUGUCAAGGCUGAGAAUAAGAGGCCUUCCUUUUCCAGUCUUCAAGGGGAUAUGAAUAAGAAUAAGAAUGAAGGCUCCCUAUCAGCUAUCCAAACAUCUAUUUCGAGGGGUCCCCCUACAUAUGGAAAGGAAAAUGAAAAUGAUAGCCACCAUAAAAAUAUAAUACAAGAUGUUUCUGAAAAUAUGGUAGAUAAUAGCAAUGCUCAUGCUCAUCCUCCUUCACUGAUUCAACAACAUUUUCAAAAAUACAACGCAUCUCAAGGCAACCCUACCCAUAUGAGUGAUUUGAAACCUCCAAAGAGAAGUCCUGUAAAUUCUUUAGCUUUUCUACACAAACCUCAAAGGGUAACAAGAAUGAACAUUGAUAAGUUUCCUGAGGAAGAAUUAGAAAGAAACACAAACCUUAACAAGAACAUUAAAUCAGGUUUUAAUGAAAAUAAUUUUGCAGAAAUUAAUAUCGAUGACGAAAAUAAAGGUAAUAAUGGUAACGAUAUUACCGAAUAUUCACCAAUUGAUUUCCCCUCUCUCUCACCAAGAUCUACCAUUCCAACAAAUUCCUUUAUUCGCCCUUCCCCUCCCUUAAACAGUGAUAAUGACAAUCCCAUAAAUUCCGAUGAACAUCAGAUUCCAUUCUUCCCUGUAUAUAAGAAAUCUGGUGAACUAUUAAAGAGUUCAUUAAAAAGAAGAUCCAAAUCGUUGCCAUCAACUUCCGAAAUCUUAACAAAACAAAAAAAUAGGGGAAAUGAAAAUAAUGAUGAUCCAAGAAUGAUGUUAAUGAGAAGUAAAAGUGUUCAUUUUGGCCAUAAGGCCCCAGUAAAGUAUUUUAGUAAAGAUGAAAGUCCAAUUUCAGUUCAAGAUAGAGACGAGUUCGAGGCUCUUUUGAAUUUCAAGCAAAAUGCUAAUAGCCCCUUAGCAUUUGAUGAAGAGGAAAUGAUGUCUGCGAAUUUACAAAAACUAAGGAUUGGGGAACAGUCUAUGCCUAUCAAAUCCAGUGCAAGUGAAACAAAAUUGAGGAAAAGCAAAAGGUUCCAAAAUGUUAUUAAAGAUAAGAAAAAUAAAAAUGAAUCUUCCGAUAGUGAUAAUAAUAUUACUAGCAGUAGUAGCGAUCUUCGCUUAAACGAUAAGGAAAAUAUAACUAGGAAAAAUUUGGCAAAAUUCAAUGAAAUAUCAGAUAACCUCAAGAUCCCAAAGGAAUCACAUAACGUUUCUAAGAAUAUUAUAACAAGUUUACCGUCGAGAGGAGGAAAAGUGAACCUAACGUAUAAUAAAGUGGUUGGGUUAUAUAAUAUAAAUUUUCCAAUCUUGAGUAAUAAAAAUCCAAAGAGUUUGAAGUUGAAUAUUUUUAUUAAGUUAUCAAAAGAUCAAAAAUGCUUCCCACAGGAGAUUAGUUUACAUAUCGAUAGAGAAAGCCGCUUGAAUCCUUAUCAUAUGCCCUUUACAUCAUCAUCUGAUAGUCUCAAUAGCAUCAACAGUGUUACGGGACGGUCCACUACUGGAAAACAAACCAUACAACGAAGUACUAGGAUAAUAACAGGUAAAAUAUUAGUUAAAAAUAUCUUUUAUGACAAAAGAGUAGUUGUUAGGUAUACAUGGAAUGGUUGGAGAACAGUCCAUGACGUGGAGUGUAUAUGGGUUAGUGAUGCUGAUGGGAUCGUACCUGGUACAAAUAUGGAGGUCUUCAGAUUCUUAAUCGAUGAUGUGAGUAAGGUAGAUUCCAGAGCAAAAUUAGAAUUUUGUAUACAGUAUACGACAAGAAAUGAUCAUGUACGUCAAGAAUAUUGGGACAACAAUGAUGGUAAGAAUUAUAAAGUAGGACUUGUCCUUAAUGGGUUCAAUAAUCCAUUUGCUGUAAAAUGA